UUGGACACUAAUUGUAUUGAUUUGUAUGAAUGCAUACAAUGUUAUGCAAUACUCAACACUUUUUCUAAUAGUUUUGCAUAUUUUCUACAUUUGUAGCCAACGUUUACAACCAAUCAAUCAUUCAAUCGUUUCUAAUUGUAUUUGAAUGACAAUUAGAUACAAAUAUUAUACUGUUUUGUAAAUCACCAAAAAGUGUCCACUAUUUGAGUACUUAUUGAAUACAAGAAUAUCUAUUAACCAAUUAAGUGGUCAUUUGUGAGUUGUGUCUAUAAAUCAAUGUCUUGUCGACGAUAUGAACACAAGUCUUACACAGAAGUGCUUUUAAUAACGUUAUGGUAAUGAGUGACGAAAGAAUCACUUCCAGAGGGUGGCCAAUUGGGACAGAAGUGGUGGCGAGAUAUCACUUCAGUGGUAAGGCUGAGGAGGACUUAUCCUUCGAAAAGGGAGACAUUCUGACGAUAACACACCAGACAAGAGACCCAAACUGGUACAGAGCGCGACACGUGGACGGCAGGGAAGGCCUCAUUCCCGCCAAUUAUAUCCAGAAGAGGUCUGAAGUGAAGUUGAAUGCAAUGCAUUGGUUUCACGGAAAGAUCACCAGAGAUGAGGCCGAAGCGCUUCUUAUGCCCAGAGCUGACGGCUUAUUUUUGGUGAGAGAGAGCACUAACUUUCCCGGGGAUUACACUCUAUGCGUGUGUUUCAACAAUCGGGUCGAACACUAUAGAGUCAUAUAUAAAGAUAAUAAGCUAACCAUCGAUGAGGAGGAAUACUUUGAAAAUCUGUCACAACUCGUGGAUCACUAUAUCGCGGACGCGGACGGCUUGUGUACAACCCUUCGCGUAUCAGUUCCUAAAAGUGGAAGUUUUGAGUUCAGUGUAGACUCGAAGGCAUUUGAAGCCGCGGGUUGGGUCAUCAAAAUGCAUGACUUGAAACUCGGAGAGAUUCUCGGAAAGGGAGAGUUUGGAGACGUACUGUUGGGCUCUUUGAGGGGCCAGAAGGUGGCCGUCAAGAAGCUCAAGGACUCGAGUAAAGCCGCACAAGACUUCUUAACAGAAGCCAGUCUUAUGACAUCUUUAAGACACAAAAAUUUAGUUCAAUUAUUGGGUGUUGUCUUUGACGGACCCUCUAUUUGUUUGAUCACCGAAUUUAUGGCAAAGGGAUCUCUGGUUGACUACUUGAGAUCCAGAGGAAGGCAUCACGUGACCAAAAAAGAUCAAAUAAAUUUUGCGACCGACACGUGCGCCGGAAUGAGUUAUUUAGAGUCAAAACAUGUGGUGCAUAGGGAUCUGGCGGCCAGGAAUGUGCUUAUAUCCGAAGACUGUAUCGCAAAAGUAUGUGAUUUUGGUUUAGCCAGAGAUGAGACCUUCAAUCUCGAAGGCGGAAAGUUUCCUAUCAAAUGGACGGCACCCGAAGCUCUCCGACACAACAAAUUCUCCAAUAAGUCUGAUAUGUGGAGUUUUGGAAUACUUUUGUGGGAAAUCUACUCAUUUGGAAGAGUACCCUAUCCUAGAAUUCCAUUGGCUGAUGUGGUGAAACACGUGGAAAAGGGUUACCGAAUGGAAGCACCCGAUGGUUGUCCGGUUGAAGUCUAUGAGAUAAUGAAACACUCGUGGGAUUUGGAGCCCGAAAAGAGACCCACAUUUUCAGUUGUUUUCAAAAAGUUGGAUCACUUGAAAGAACUGACCCUUUAGUUUAUUUAUUGACUCAAUUUUGUGGA